GCGCGACGCGGCGGGCAGCGAUCUGAACAGAGGAGCUGUUCCUUUCAGAACCACUCGGCACCGCGUCUGUUUGGACCCGAGCUGAAGCAGACGUCCGCGCUCCGCACCGACGACGGCGCAAACCAUCGCGGCGCAUGAACGCGCGCCGCAGUGACACUGUCAGCGCCUCGCCUGCAGCAGACGGCCAUGCAACAGCAUCUUCUCUUCGUCUCCGGCACCGGGGAUGACGAAUCUGGUGCUGCUGAAGAUCUGACAUGGGCACAUUUGUCCUGUCCAUUCAGCCUGUGUGUGUCUCUGCUCUGCAGACAGACGUCAUGGAUGGAAUGGAAGAAAUCAUCUAAAAUCAAACCUACACAGGCUACACACAGAUAAACCAAAAAACAACACAAAAAAUUAAACAGGAAAGGACAACGGCGAUCUUUUAUAUUUUUCUUUCCGUCUGAGCAUCUCAGCUUCAUUUCUGUCUCUUAUCUUUGUCCUCGUUGCAUACUGAGUGGAGGUCAUGUCCCAGUCGGGAAAAGUCCUUCAUCUGUAUGUGGAAGUGAGGUCUGCCCCAGAUCAGAAUGGAGGGAAAGAGACAUUUCAAGAACAGAAAGAUGGGCUUGGUCAACAGCACUCACUUCAGGAUUGUCCAGCAGAUCUUCUUUCUCAGUUAGCAAGCCAGAAAACCUGCUCGACCCUAUCUAAGUCCACUGCAGCUCACCAUUUGGUUCACGACUGCAUGCACCACCAGUCAUCUUCUCGAAACACUGUAAGCUUCCAGCUACAGAAAGCCAACAGAUCCCAGUCGCCAACAGUCAUUAACUAUUGGGGUUCACCCUGUGAUGGGGUCUCUGCCAUCUGCUCUCUGCCACCACCCGCUUCUGGAAGGACGACUGGCUCUUGCACAUCUUCCAACUGCCAGAGGUUUAAUGAAGAGGAAGCCCCAGAUCAGAAGCGCUCCCUAGUCACUUUUAGUUAUGUUGAGAAGUCCAGUGUAAAGGCCUUCGACAGUCCGCACAACUAUGUGUGUGAGAGAGGAACUAGAGAAGACAGAUCCACUCGUUCCCACUUUCACAAAAGGCUCAGUGAUCCCAUGUGGUUUGGGAGUCCCAGUUCUUCGUGCAGCUCUAGUCCAAAAUUGACCUUACAAUCUCCAAGAAGUCACCAGCAGGCAUUGUCCACCGGCCUUCGACAAACACUGUCGGACUCCAUCGGCAGGGCAGCUACCAGGAGGGCCGUGGAGGAGUUUGGUUCCCCAUUACUAAGGAUUAAACUGGCUCAUGCACUCCAGCAGACCCCACCUUCACACUACAAUAAACAGCCACGAUGUCAAUCUUGGGCUGGAUCCCCUGUGCAGAAACAGAACAUCUGCGCGCAUCCCCAUGCCACAGAUCAAAGCCAGGCUAUUAGUGGCAUCCCUUGUAGCCCAGUGUUAAACCAGCACUCAUUCCAAUCCAGGCAGUAUUCUCCUUCAAGUCCUGGAUCUCAUGUCCAGUCUCAGAGCCCUGUUCACUGGUCAGGAGAAGACAAAGUAGUAGCAGGCAGUCCGGUUACCCAGAGACAUGUCCACAGGGAAUGCGACCGAAGCAGUUCUCCUCCAGGAGCCAUCCUUCAACUUGGCAAUAAUGUAGCUGAGGGACUGAACCAGUUAAGUGACAGCAAAUCUUCCUUACCUGCUCACAGCCCUGAAGUUACUCGUAGAAUACAAGAGGAGACUUCCAAAAUAUCUUCAGUUUUCACAGAUGAAAGAAGAACCUCCUUGCACAAUGCUUUGAGUGAGCUUGGCUCAAACCCUGGUGAAUUUCACAACUCAACUCCAACUGCACAACAGACUAAGCAAACAGUGAAGAUGAACAUCCCUUUAAAUGACCAACAUAUGCCAGCAACAGACUUUCACCAGCCUCAAAACUCUAUCUUGCAAUCUCGUUCUCAUGAAACAAACACUUAUGCUAAUUAUGACAAACUCCAGAAGGACUACCUUAAAAACUCUGAAUGUUACUGCACAGUUCUGUCAGAUGCCGUGGCUUUGAGUUCCCCUGCUGUUCCUUCACGUUUCCUUCGUCCAUCUCGUCCUCCCACUGAGUUCAGCUCACCGAUAAGGGAUCCUCGGCUGUUCCAAACUGAAUUCAGAGCACCAGACAGCCCCACGUUGCAUCGCUGUCAGCCCCCACAGUACACAGGGGACUCCUGGUCGCCCAGUGUUGACAGGAAAGGUGACUUGAGUUGUUUUGAGAAAGGAGACUGCACAGAGCUUGCUCGUAGGCUUUAUAUUAAUCAAAGUGUUGAGGAGACACCUGUCAGCUGGACAUCAAUGCAACAGUGGGAGCAUCAUGUGGCAGACCGCCCAAGGCCAAGCCCCAACCUUGGAUUUGCAUCCAGCAACGACCACACUCAUAGGGCCCUCAGCCUUACCGCCCAGCAGAAACGGGCUGAGCAGAGGAGGAGAGAGAUCCUCCUCCUGGGACCAGUUGCACUGGACUCUCCUGAAGAGGAUGAGGGCUGUGAUGAGGAAGCACAAGGUAAUGAGCUAGAAAAGUACACUGCAGUGCAGCAGCCAUGCCUGCAGGGGGCAGAGGAGAUGGCACAGGUGGGACAGAAUGGUGCAAUGGGAGGGUCUUCUUCAAGGAGCUCCAGUGGAGUGACAGGCAGCUUGGGGGACAGGGACUGUUUGUCCCCAGAGUCCAGUCAAUCCAGUCAUCAGAGUAAUGAGACUGCAGCUGCCACUUCUGGAAUACAGAUGGACAGCAGCAGUGCAUUGCCCAUGCCCUCACUUCACUGCCAGAAGAUUGCACGUGCCAAGUGGGAAUUUUUAUUCGGUGUUCCUGCAGACACUGCUGGAGGGGAGCAGAAAAAUUCUGGGGAAACCUCCACAGCUCCUCCUAGUGGUAACUCCAGUGAGUCUCCCACCCCGACUCCCCCUUGUUCCCUGCCUCUGCUUUCUGCAAAUCAUGAGGUCCAGCAUGUGGAUGUGGAGCUAGUGACUCCUCCCCCUGCCGUGAUCGGGACGUCACCCAAAAUGGGCAUCAUCCGACGGACACUGAAGUAUUCUGAAACCGACCUGGAUGCCGUCCCGCUACGCUGCUACCGUGAGACGGACAUAGACGAGGUGCUGCUGGCUGAGCAGGACGAUGCUGACUCUGCGUUCGGAAGUAACCGCAGCGUGCAGGGCACCUCCGGGAUCGGCAGCAGCCCACUAGCGGGUCUGGCUUAUGGGAGGACGUAUGGGGAGGAAGAGGAGGUGGAGGAGGAGCAAAGUGGUAGAAGAGAGGACGAUGAAGAAGAUGAGGAUGAUGAGGAGGAGGAGGAGGAGGAAAUGGUGAGCUGGGCUAGUGUGCGGAUGCAGGGAGACAACAGGAAGAGGGAGCACGCGGCUCAGGAGGAGCCAGAGGUGUUUGGACACCUGCUGAGGAGACCGGAGGAAACUUUUUUCGACAAGCACCACCCGGCUCAGAAGUCUCCCAUCCUGGUCUCUGAUCCUCGCUGCGCCACCGAGGACACCUUCAGCCGCCACUUUGAAACCAUCAUGGAGUCCCACCGAGCCAAAGGGACGUCGUACAACAGCCUGGACAGCGAGGAGCUGCUGACCUCAAGCACCCAAACUGUGCUGACCUUUGACCUGCCCACUCUAACGCCCACCAUCCACGGGCCGGUGUGCCAGAGCGCGCGUCAGAUUGUGCAGCUCAGCUUCGCUCCGCUGGCGCACGAUGAGAGACCCAGUUUCUCGGAUUCUAUCUUUACCGUAACGGGGGAUUCUGAUGCCACCCGCGCCCCCUCCAGUGAGAGGCUGAGCAGCGGGUCAGACGACACGCCGCCUAGACGACGGGAGGGAGGGAUGCUAGGAAGCAGCUGGUACAGCAACUUCUCUUUCUCUUUAAGCAGCAGAGAUAAGGCCCGGCUAGCGAGUGACUCGGAGCUGGACCAGGACCUCACUGAGCGACUGGGUCUGGGAAGCAGUGAAACCCUGACUAACGGUAGUCACCGUGGCGAUGUGGCAGCCGCCAGACGCCUCGCCAAACGGCUCUACAACCUGGAUGGCUUCAGGAAGUCUGAUGUGGCUCGCCACCUGAGCAAGAAUAAUGACUUUAGCCGUAUGGUAGCAGAGGAGUACCUCAGUUUCUUCAACUUCUCUGGUCUUGGUCUUGACCAAGCAUUGCGGACUUUCCUCAGGCAGUUUGCCCUGAUGGGAGAGACUCAAGAGAGGGAGCGAGUACUGUCACACUUUUCUAGGCGCUAUUUUGACUGCAACUCAAAAAUCAUGCCAUCAGAAGAUGCAGCUCACACGCUGACCUGUGCCCUUAUGCUGCUAAACACUGAUCUGCAUGGUGAAAACGUCAGCAAGAGGAUGUCAUGCACACAGUUCAUUGGCAACCUAGAAGGUCUGAACGACGGUCAAGAUUUUUCCAAGGAUCUGCUUAAAGCUCUCUACAACUCAAUCAAGAAUCAGAAGCUUCAGUGGACACUUGACGAGGAAGAGCUUCGGAAGUCAUUUUCGGAGCUCGGGGACAGCCUGUGCGACUCAAACACCUCCAAACCAAUGAAGCGGGAGGGCAGCAGCGGGAAGCUCCUGUCGGAGGCAACUCAGCCCUCUGGAACGCUGCUGUACAAAAACGGGUUCCUGGUCCGCAAAGUGCACGCCGAUUCAGACGGCAAGAGAACACCAAGAGGGAAGAGGGGGUGGAAAACAUUCUAUGCCAUUUUAAAAGGGCUAAUUCUCUACUUGCAAAAAGGGGAAUACCGGCCUGAUAAGCAGCUAUCUGAUGAGGACCUGAAAAACGCUGUGUCCAUCCAUCACUCUCUGGCCAUGAAAGCGUCCGACUACAGCAAGAGGCCCAAUGUGUUUUACCUAAGAACUGCUGACUGGAGGGUUUACCUCUUCCAAGCACCGAACGCAGAGCAGAUGCAGUCUUGGAUCACACGCAUCAACACAGUAGCCGCCAUGUUCUCGGCUCCACCUUUCCCAGCCGCUAUUGGCUCCCAGAAGAAGUUCAGCCGGCCACUGUUGCCAGGAAUGAUGUCAAAAUUGUCUGAGGAGGAACAGGUCAGAUCUCAUGAAGCACGAUUCCGUGUCAUCUCCACUGAACUGGCUGAGCUACGCUCUUACCCCCCUGAUCGCAAGGUCAAAGGCCGCGAACUUGAUGAGUUUCGCCAACGAGACGAGUAUCUGGAGUUUGAGAAAACACGUUAUGGCACAUACGCCAUGCUGCUGCGGGCUAAAAUCAGGAGUGGUGAAGAAGACCUGUCUGUCUUUGAGUCACAACUCCUGGAUGAUAACGGCCUGCAGAGGGCGCACUCCAGCCCCACGCUGCAGGACAGCAGCCAGGCCAGCCAGGCCAGCAGCACCCAGGACGGAGGCAACAGCAGCAAAGCCAGCAGAUGCAGCAGCAAGAUUCGCCAGGAAGGCCAGAGACACAGCUACCGACAAGCCGUCAAGAAGUGAGAUGGGGCCGGGGGCCGGGUCGCCGGGAGCGGCACGGCAUUGUUCUGGCAGUUGCAGGCUGUCUCCCUGCACAAGUGUUUAUUUGAAAUCCAGGUGG